CUCAGUGAUGUAUUUGAACCAACAACAUUCAUCAGAGGUGUGGCGAAGCUCUGCCCCUCACCUGGUUCUCCUGACCAACAAGGGAGCACGUUCUUUCCUUUCCUCCACACACUGAAGGUGAGUUUGAGUGGAAACGGUAAUGUUCGUAGAAGAGGGAGGGGAUCCAUGACUGCUGUACUUUCUGCUGAUCUCUGCUGUCCGGUCUGUCAUGAAGUCUUCAGAGAUCCUGUUGUUCUGUCAUGUAGCCACAGCUUCUGUAAAGUCUGUCUGAAGAGCUGGUGGAGAGAGAAACAAGCUCAGUGUCCAGUUUGUAGGAGAAGAUCUUCAAGAUCAGAACCACCUUUAAACCUGGUGUUAAAGAACCUUUGUGAGUCCUUCUCAGUGGAGAGAGCUUCAGAGACUCUCUGCAGUCUGCACUCUGAGAAGCUCAGACUCUUCUGUCUGGACCAUCUGCAGCCAGAACGAGUCCAGCAGCGCCCCUUGCUGGAGAAUCACCAGCUGCUCUCAGAGGCUCUGAUAGACCAGGCCAAUCACCUGGGCAACAUCUGGAGCGAGAUGAAGGACAUGCUCUCCUACACUCCUGUGGUUCUGGACCCAAACAACGCUCAUCCAAACCUCCUUCUGUCUGAAGAUCUGACCAGUGUGAGACGAGGAGAGAGAACGAAGCUUCCUGAUAAUCCAGAGAGGUUUGAGGAACGCUGUGUUGUUCUGGGCUCUGAUGGAUUUAACUCAGGGACUCGCAGCUGGGAUGUUGAAGUAGGAGACAGUACCGUCUGUCUCUGUUUUCUGGGUGUGUCAGCAGAGUCCUUAUGGAGGAAGGAGACAUUUCUGUCUAGAUUAAUGGGAACAUUGUUCGAUGAAGGUAAAUACUCAGCAUGGUCACCACCAGCUCCACCCACUGAUCUUGUUCUGCAGAAGAAGCCUCAGCGGAUCAGAGCUCGUUUGAAUAACUUAAUAUAAUACUUGGUCCACUUCUGAAUAAAACCUUUAUACAACUCAAGAGGAAGCUUGAGUUUGGUUCAUAGUGAGACGUGUUCUCAGCUCAUAUUUCACCUUUUAGAGCAGCAGAAUUAAGACGGUGAUGACACGUCUCUGCCUGUAGAGGACGCUCUGGUCUCACAUCCCCAGCUUGGAUAUAUAUAACUAAACGUAUUUGUUUAAGGUGAAUAUGAUGUGAUGUGCAGAAGCAGAUAGAACCAUGUGGUGUCACCUCAGUGCACUUGUAUUUGUAGAUAAUCUAAUUCUAUAAAUAAAAUGUAAUUGCUUGUAUUUAUUAUUCAGCUGAUACAUAAAUGAUUUGCCGGUGUCUGCGAGGGGGGAGAUAUUCCAAUGACGAUGCAGUGAUUUAUGUUCAAGCAAAGAACAAAGAACAAGCUGCACUUGUACUCGCGUCCGUAAUGACACAGUCACAUUC